AUAGUCGCAAAUGUCGCAAGUCGCAAUUUAGAUAUUUUCGAUCACAAUAAUUCAAUGUAGUGAUUGUCAAUCAUUAGUGUUUCGUUUUGUUAGGCUUAGGUUAAUUAAUACAAUGUCUAAAAAUAUAGUUUUCGAGGGGUGGUUGACCAAAUCACCGCCGACAAAACGUAUUUGGAGAACGAAAUGGCGAAGGAGAUGGUUUGCCUUGAGACAUUCUGGAGAGCUGCCUGGUCAAUAUUUUUUGGACUACUAUGCCGAUAGGAACUGCAGGCGCCUCAAGGGCACUAUCAACCUUGAUUUAUGUGAACAGGUUGAUGCAGGGCUUCACAUGGAACGUAGUGGCAGUGGGUUGUUGGACCCUAAGCUCCGAGGAUCUGUGUUCACUAUCCAGACUCAGUCCAGGACUUAUCACCUCGAAGCAGAUUGUGAAGCUGAAAUGGAAAAGUGGGUUGAUGCAAUAUGUAGUGUUUGUGGCCUGAGAGCUACAGAGGAUACUUCCACUGAGAAUGGUACAUACCAGAACAGCAUGCCUAUGGCUGUGAACGAGCGGUACGAGUGUCCAGAGGGCACAGGGCCGUACAUCCGAAUAUCCGAGUGCGUCACCGGGAUUCGGGCCCAGGAUUCCCGUGCAUUUACGUUUGACCCUCGGAACAUCGUGACGAGCAGCAGGCGGGGUUUCGCCGGGGACAGCCGCGGCAACCAGAUGUACCUGAGCCAGCCGCUCCGGCAGCACAACGCCGACUUCUCUGAGAACGAGUCCAACCUUAGUGAGGACGAGUGCAAGUCCCUCAACGCUAGUCACUCUAACAUAGGAGACUGGUCUGUGACAAAAUCUUUUACCAAAUUAGCGGUCGGCCCUAAGAAAAACGGCAUCCCGGACGAUGGGCCACCAGUACCGCCUCGGCCACCUAAGACCUUAGGAGUUACAUCAAAGAAUAACUUGCAAAAAGAUGCCUACCUUGGACCAAAAUACAACGAACCCAUGGAUUCCAAUGAUAAUGUUUUUGUGCAGUGCACGUUGGGAGUGGCGAGUGGGGUGGGCGCGGCGCGGCGGCGCUCGCCCGCCCGCUUCCCCGCUCCCGCCGCCGUCGCCACCGAUGACGAUGAUGAGGAGCUCUCACCCGGACACCCGUCAAUGCAGUAUUGCAAUGUGAAGUCUCUGCCACCGGCGGUGGACCGCGCGCUCAAACCGCGCCACUCCAGCCAUAGCAUAAGCCACCUCAACAGCUUCUCAGGACAGUCUCUAACGCAAUUCCACCCUAUAGAAGUGAGGGCGGACACGUUGCAGUAUUUAGAUUUGGAUCUUCAGACCUCAAAGCCCUCUUCAAAUAAGCCACAACAACAGGUGCCAAGAAAUAAAAUAGACAUAGCGCACGGCAAAUCCCUAUCCGAGGUGGACGCGGACGCGGACAGCUGUUACAAGACCGUGGAUUUCCUGAAGACGGAGGCGUUCAAUAUCACCAUGCAGGACGCCGAGGCCUCACGAAGCAACCACACCCAGCACCUCAGCCCGGUGGGUCAACACGGACACUGACCCGCGGCCCUCCCUCCUCCCGCUCCUCAGUCGCGUCGACCACCUCGAACCCAAAUGGAAUUCGUUCACGGUAUACCCCCGUCUCCGGUGGAUUCAAUUUUCUACCAAGCGGUAGAUUUCUCCAAGACGGAAGCGCUGUAUGUAACCAUACAGGACACGGACAACUCCAGGCGGUGCCACGUCGAACACCCCAGCCCGCUGGGCCAGCACGGCCCUUGACCGGCGCUCGCGGCCGGGCCGCGCACACGCUGCUGUCAUUUUAACUGUGUCAUUUCAACAUUGCGUAAAAGCAUUUCAAACUCGCCGGCAUUCUUAAAUUUUGAUUAUGUGUAUUUCAAAGCCAGAUAUAUCCAUACUUGAAUGAGGUAAUGACGCUAAAACUGAAAAAAAAUAUGUAUUACCAGACCUAUAUAUUAUAUAUUAUUAUCCAAAAUAUUCUUAAUGCAAGCAAAGGAAUUUAACUAUUAUACAGGUAAAGACAUAAGACAGCGUAGAAAACUCGUAUAAGAGGGCGAUGACAUUCUCAGAUUCAAAAUAACAUCAUUACAGAUAUGCGCAAUAAGUAACCUGCUCUGGGCAGUUAGAAAUCGAGAAAUUGUUCAAUAAAACUACACAUUUUUAGUUACUUGUUUAUUAGUGUACAGAUCUACCGGUGGACAGGGACCAGGAGAAUUAAUACAUGCAUUAAUUUAUAAGAGAACAAUACAUGCCUAAAGGUUAUAUUAAGUAGGAAGUGGCCAAUUUGCAAUAUAAGUCACUGUCAAGCAUGAAUAUGUUCAUGCCAUUCGACGUCUAUACAUAUAAUUAUAUGGAUGUAUAAAUUUUGAUGAAUCAUGCUUUAAGUUCAUAAAAAAUAACUUGCUAAUACCAGAGACUAGUAAAAUCAAGACGAACAACCUCCUUACAAAACCGUGUCUCCUACUGCUUUUGACUUCUGAACGUAAAACCCUUCUGUCCUCGGUACUGUAUUAUGCACCAAAGUACAUUUAAAGCAUAAUAAACUCAUUGUAGUCUUAUUUAAUACCGCCAUAUAGUUUUAAGAUUUUUAAACCUUUUUAAAUGGCUCAUAAGUCAUAAGGAUGCAUUUAUGUAUUAAAUCUACUUUUUUGAUUGGUAACUACGGUCAGUCAAGUCCAAGUUUAUGAUUUAAUAUUAUAAACAGUAGUAGCAAAUAACUAAAAUCUAAAAAUAUUAUUUAAUGUAAUCUACAACAUUGACGUUUCUCGCGGCGUUGUAUGGGGGGCUGUCAGUCUUCUUUAUUUACUGCACUCAGUCAACACUCUUUUUUUGCUGGAAUGUAAUAAAUCUGUAUUUAUAAACUCCCGAAUAGGAUAACGUACUGAAAUUUCAUGUUUUGUUUAAAAUUACUUGAAGUUGUAGCAUUACUUAAGGACCAACAGGAGUGGUCAUUUCUCCAUACAAACGUACUCGACUGUUUCCUCCGUGGGUUUUGAUGCUAGAGCAACGAUUUUUUCAACACAGAUUAAUAUUAUCAAUAUCUGUGUCGGACCGUUUUGCUUUUUUUGAUAUUUUUGUUAUUUAAGGCGCUAGAGCCCUUCAAAAAUGGCCAUAAUGGCCUCAUUAACUAUGUCGCAAUGAGAGGCGUAGUGUUCAAAACUGAUAUCAAUUAGCCAAAAAAGCAAAACGGUCAAAAAUUACCAAAUUUGGUUACGAUUGGUUAACUUUUGGAGGAGGAAACAGUCGAGUACGAAACCUCUUGAGAUUUUUAUGCAGGAUUUUUCGCCUUGUCCUUAUUGCACUAGUUUUAGGAGCCGCUUCCAUUAGCGAGACGGGUAUAUUUACCUAAAAUAUUUAAAACUCAGCUCCUGUUUCGUCUUAAUAAGUUCAUUCUUUAUAGUUUAUACCAACCAGAUGGCGCUUAAUGAACUGUUUUUAUUUACCGCGGUGUACCCUACUAAUAGUCAUUGGGUCAUUGCGUAAUUACUAUUUUGACAUGAAGUUGGGUCUGUCUUUGUAGAUGAAUAUAUAAGUAGUAUUCGAUUGUAAAAUAUGUAAUAACAAUGCACAUAAGUACUUGCCAAGGAUGUUACAAAGACAAUUUAUAAUCUGCACUUGCAAAUAAUGACCAACACACACCGUACUUAAAUAUUAGCACAGACGACAUAAUCUGUCUAUGAUGUUAUAAGGAGCAUUCCAUGAAAUUGUCUACCGUUGUCCCGUACAAACGCGAGGUUUCUGAAGAUUUAAAGGUAUAAAUAAGAGUUUCCUUUUCUAUGACAAAUGGUCAAAAAUAUGCACAGAAAAAUAAUCUCCUGCUUUAAAUGCCAAGAAAAAAGUCGCAACACAGGAAAUACAAUGCGUUUGUACGGGACAGCCCGUGGAAUGCUCCAUUAAUGUUAGGUGAAAUGUUGCUAGUUAAGCGUAGAUAAUCUUGUUAAUCGGACGUAGGGUCGACGUCAACAAUAUUCAGUGUAAAACCUUUAUAUGGUAUCGUCUUGGGUCGUCCCAUUCGUUUUUCGUCAAGUUCUUAAAUUAGUCCUAUUCUGCUUUAGUCACUGAUUCUACAUUCGUCACAAUCGUCGGUGGCUUUCAAUGUAGAAUGAGUGACGAAAGCAGAAUAGGACUAAUUUAAGAACUUGACGAGAAACGAAUGGGACGACCCAAUACGAUACCCUUUAUAUUAGGUAUUUCAUUUUGUCUGUACACAAUAGGGUAGGUACCUACUUAAUACUAAGUAGUUAAUCUGCAACUCGUUAUGAAACGUCGAAGCGUAUUUUUUACUAUGAAGUUAGUAUGAGAACGCAUUUUGUGACGUCACAGACCUUUCUCUUAUAUUUUCAGUGUGUCUCGGAAACAAUUGAAUCAAUUUACAAGAAGCAACUCUAUUGUGUAUAGGACUCUGGCGUCGACUGUACGAACCUCUAUGCUUUAAUAUAAAUAAAAAUACGCACAAUAUAAACGGCACUAAUUAUACCAUAAUGACCUUAUGAGGAGAGAGACUAGUUUUAAAUCAAAUGUAAAUAUGUGAGAAAUAGUUAUAUAUUUAUAAAUGUUAUAUGUAUACAUUGAACUCUUGUUAUAUGUAUUGGACUAAAGUCCAUUAAAUUUAUAAUCAAAGUAUUAAAUUUAGACGUACCGUGUAAUUGUCUUCCAUGCAGUUAAUAUUUUAUUAUUUAUCCUUCAGAGAAAUCAGUAAAAUACAUAAUCAAUAAUAUAUUGCAAUUUAAAUUUUGCACUGAAAUUAUUUGCUCAGCUUAAACCUAUUGCGCCAUUUUGUGCACAACUUAGUUCACUGAAUUGCCCUAAAUUGUUUGCUAAAUUUUAUUACAAUAUGAAGAAAAUUCAUGUAAUAAUAUGUAAUGGACUAACAUUUGGUAUGAUCUAUCAUUGAUACUUACACAUUAUUUAGUUAAAUUUAUUAUACACCGUGUUUGUUUUUAAAGUCCGUCAAUUUCAAGGGUGCAUCCGGGUACACCGGUAUUCUAAUUACCUAGGUACCUAACUCAAUUUUGAAAAUAAUCAAACAUAUAUUGACAAGGCCCUUACGAAUGUGUAAGUAAACUUGCCUUAGGGCCUGUUUUCAUAUUGAUUAGUGAUAAUCAGUACGAGUUGUACUAUCUCGGACGAUCGACGUUCUAAAUGACAAGCUUAUGUCAUAGUUUUCAGUUGAUUGGUUGAGUUAAACAGCAUUUAAUUAGUUUUUAAGCAAAAAAAAUACAAAUUCAUGAAAAUUGCUAUUUAGUUUCCUUAAAUGUACUUAGCCAUACCACGAAGUUAACAGAAUUUUAUAAAAACACUACGUAAGUACGUGUGUACCCAUGUGUUCAGUAAUACUUGCAAACACAGUUAAUUUUGAUGCUCUGCUACGAGAUCUCUUGGUCACUCCUUGCCUUCCACUCCUUCCAGGCGGGAACAUUCUCAAUAUGAACGCUGAUUUUAGUGGAAUUAGCAUGCUCACUUUCUUAAGUCUUACGCACAUACUAGAUUAUAUUAUGGCGAAAGCCGCGCUCAGGCUGACACAUUAAUGGAAAUGGAAACCUCAAUGGAAUUGCACAUGAGAUUUAUUUAUCAAAAGAUAAGUCCUCCACUCCACUUGGAUGUUGGGUUCCUAUUUGAGUCUGUACAAUGUGGGCCUUAAUCUUUCUCCCUUUUAUGAAUCGGCUCGCGCCAAUUACCCGAAUGUGUACACAUUUGGGUGGGACUAGAAAUUUAGGAAAAAUAAAACGAUUGUUAUUUAGGUAAAGUGAUAAAAGAACUGGACUUCUGUUAUGGCUAGUUGCACCGACCAGAAAUUUACCGGUGAAGUGCAAACAGCUCAUAUUCUGUGUGUAAGUAGUGACAAACUUCAAGUAUUAGUUAAUUGGUAAAAAGUAAAUGAUUAAUGUUAGUUCCAUGAAGAUAUAGUAUUUCACAGGCUUGUUGAUUCAUUUGUUUCAGUGUUAGGUAGAUCCUACUCGAAUGAUGUUGAUGCAUUCGAUUCACUUUCCCUCUUAAAAGUGCGAAUGUUUAAUAUAUAGGUGUUAUCAGAAGUGUCUUGUAAUGUGAUUGAAACUUAUACAUUGAACGUGUGAUGUGAAGUGUCUUAAAUGUAUUUGUCAGGGUCUAAGAAGUUUGAUUAUUAUAAUAUAUAUAACAAUUUUAAAGUAAGAUAAAAUUACAAAUGAUGUGCAAUUCUUAUUUGUAUAUACCUAUGGUUAAAUUACUAAUAAAUUGACCAUUCUAUUGAAUAUAUAUUUUCUAUUUAGAAUAGGUGUAUGAGUAAAUUACUUAAAUUAGAGAGCAGGUAUUUGCUUGCAAGGCUGGUUUUUUUUUGCAUUCAGGUUUGUAGUUACUGCAGCAUUACAAUGCACAAGAAAAGUCCUUUAAAUGUCUAAUCAUUUUGGUAAAACAAUUUUAACGUAAACCUUCGAUAACUUAGAUCCGCAGAUGCGGGCGCGCAUGUCAAGAUUACAUACUAAAAGAAUAUACAUAUGUAAAAAUGUUUGAUUUGCACGGUAAGAAGAUAAGGUACCAAUUUAAUGUUAGUUACACCGUCUAACGCGAUUUAAUUUUAUUAUUUGACUUUUUUUCUCAAGAUCGACAAUCAACAAGUUAUCCCUUCCGUUAGAACCAUGUUCCUACAAUUUACACAUCCUAAUCACUCUGUUGCAUUCGCUGAAAUAAAAACCACCAAUACUUUAUACGAAAUCAUACCUACACGUUACGUAUUAUAUAAAUGUGUCAGCUGGCUCGAUGGAUCAUUUCGCUACAGUUUCAUAAACUGAUAGCUGAUUACUUGUUACUUUAUUUACUGCACUUUAGCAAUGUUUAAUGCGAUGGCAUUUCGUACACCUACGUCAUGAAACAGAUCCUAGCUGUGCUCAUUGAUAUUAAUCAGAUAUUUAAAUUCUUAUUAUCGUAAAAUUUCUGUAUUUUGUUUGGGGGCAAAUAAUAUGAUUGAUUGGGGAUCAUUAGUUGUAUUUUAUUAAUCAUGUGGACACUACGUGAUUAGGCGAGUACCUACGGCGAUUACGAUUAAAUUUGAUUUAUUAUGAAAGUAAAGCGUAAGGAUCUAACUUUAAUUGUGUAGCGUAAAUGAAAGAUCUCACUGGUCUUUGAACCAUGUUGUUGUGCCCGGAAGUGACUAGGGCUAACGUCACGAAACAAAUAAGUAAUUACAGGAUAAGGAGUAUAUAGUUUAUAGAAGGUCAAGCAAAUCUUGUCAGUAAAAAAAGGCGCGAAAUUCAGAUUUUAUAUGGGACAAUAUCCCUUCGCGCCUACAUUUUUCAAAUUUGCCGCCUUUUUUCUACUGACAAAAUUUGCUUGACCAAGUAUAUAAUGCAAAAUUAAGAUGUAGGUACCUAAAUGUUCAGGCGCACUAGAUUUAACAAUAUUACAAGAAAUUCGGUUUGCCUAAAUUUACCCAUUUUUUUUGUUUUAUUAAAUUAUUAAUUUAUUCAUUUAUUUUAAAAUACAUAAAUGUAUCUUUACAUUUGUACAGCGAAAUAGUUCAUUUAAUUUGUGAUUUAUGGUGAGUCAAUAACAAAAACCGAACUUGUCCCUUUAUGGUUUUUCCUGUCUAAAAUUGCCAUAUUUGUAUAUAGUUAAUUUACAAUUUUUACUUGAUAUUGAAUUGUAAUAGUAUUACGUAGAAUUACUUUAAGUAGUAUGCUUUUAGUGCAAAUGUUAGGCAAUUAGUGCAAAUGUGUACAAUAUUAUUUUAUUGUUUAUGAAUUACUUUUAUGAAUAAAAUUACUGAGAUUUAA